UAGUUUUAUAGCCUUCUUUCCCCCUUAUCCUUUUCUCUAUCUCUUUCUCUCUUAUCUAUGUCCUUCUUUGAUUCCUCCAUAUAUCCAAAGAGGAAAAAAGGGACAAAUUUUGGAUGAAAAUCUCACAUCUUGGGAGUAUAUGUAAUCCUUAUUUUCUCAUUCUUUUUCCUAGAUUUUAGUCCAGCUUGCCCACAUUAUCAAUGGAGUUGUUGAAACAGUUUUCCUUUAAAAUAAAUAAUAAAUGCAGUGUCUUCGGGGGUUUUCGUUUAUUUUCCCCCUCAUCUUCUUCUUCGUUUCUUCUGUAAGAUAAAUGCAAUGCUUCUGUGAACACUUCCACUGGAAAAUGGUUUUCAAGCGCAGUUUUCUCAUCCGGGUGAAUGCUUUUGAUCGAUGAAACUGGUGGAUAGCUUUCUUUCUGUGCUUUCAGUAUUGAUUUAUUGUCCGGCUUUGCUAUCAUCCUGAUAUGGGUUUUCCGAAGAAUAGAUGGAAGAGGAAAGUGAUAUUCGGCGCUGGGACGAGCUAAUACCCGAUGCUUUGGGUCUAAUCUUUAGAAAUCUUUCACUCCGGGAAAUACUGACUGUGAUUCCCAGGGUCUGCAAAUCAUGGGACGAAGCAGUGAAAGGGCCUUAUUGCUGGCAAGAGAUAGACAUUGGAGAAUGGAGUGACCAAUGGCCGGAGCACCUUGAUCGCAUGCUUGAAAUACUAAUCAGAAGAAGCUGCGGUUCCCUCCGCAAGCUCUGCGUUUUCGGUCUCCAAAACGACAGGCUUCUCUCUUUCAUUGCAGAACAUGCUGGUUCUCUUCAGACCCUGCAACUGAUAAGAAGCGAAAUAAGUGAUUCUCUAGUGGAAGAGAUUGCUGGAAGGUUUUCAACACUCACUUUCUUGGAUGUGAGUUGCUGCAAUAAAAUGGGCAGCCGAGCUCUUGAGGCCAUUGGAAAGAACUGCAAAUCGCUUGUGGGGCUGUGCCGGAACAUGCACCCACUAACUACUGCAGGCAAGCUCUCGCAGGAUGAGGAGGCUCACGCCAUUGCCACCACAAUGCCCAAGCUCAAGCACCUUGAGAUGGCUUACCAUCUUCUCAGCACAAAAAGUGUUCUUGAGAUCCUCUCGUGCUGUCCCGAGCUUGAGCUUUUGGAUUUGAGAGGGUGUUGGCAUGUGGAACUUAACGUGAAGUUCCUCAAAGAGAAGUUCCCAAAAUUGAGGGUCUUGGGGCCUGUUGUUGUGGACUACUGUCGGUAUUAUGAAAUGAAUGAAUGUGACGAUUACUCGGACUAUGAUGAGAGUUCAGAUGGAACAUGGGAUGAUGAGGGCGGGCUGGAAGAGCUAGAGGUGCGAUUCUAUGAAGGAUUUGGCGAGCAUCCAGAGUAUGGUUGGCCUACAUCUCCUUAACUCUACUGUCUAGUACUUGGUUAUCUGAUGCUUCUAUUUCUCUUUACUUCCAUAUCCUAUGUUUUAAUGGAAAUGCAGUGUGGUGUUUGUUUCUCUGUCA